CGCGGCUUGCACUUGAGAGCAGCCGUGAGCGAUCAUCAGUUGUAUCAAGUUCUAAAGAUGAACAAGACGCUUUGUUUUUCCCUACUACUGCUUUUUGCACGGGCUGGCGCAGAUUGUCACCUUGGGGCUGAGGAGAUCUCUCAGACAAAUCGCGUCUUUGCAUUCCGUGGCGAUGAUCAGCUAUAUCCGUUGCGCUUGGAUGUGGUGCGCACCCACCAAACGUUGGAAAUGUUUUGCAGUAACCGGGAUGUGGUGCACACCACUUGCCAGCAAAAUGGUCGCUUAAAGCCGCCAUUGCCGUUAAGCGAUUGCAGCAAUCCGCCCAAGUCAACUGUGGAAGUGGUUUCCGAUGAGAGCUGCCCACAUACCAUGUACCGUGUGGGCUAUAAGCUGAAUGAUCAACAGUUUCUGGAGCUAUACAGAAGUUGUUAUGAUCCUGGAAAUCAAACGGCGCAUUUUGUCAAACAUCUAGUUUAUCCAAGCAUGCUGAACAUAGCUCGACCCGAACAGGCCUUUACCACAGAUGGCGUAAUUAGCAGCGCCGGGUCCGCCUCUUUCCAGGCCAAGCACAUAUAUUCUCGCUUCCAGGAACUGCUGGGAUCACAUCAGACAUUUGUUAGCUCCCGGCGGGAGCUGGUAUUUGAUCGUGGCCAUCUGGCCCCCUCAGCUGAUUUUGGCUUUGAGCAAUAUAUGCGUCAGACCUUUAAGUACAUCAAUGUGGUGGCUCAGUUUCGACGCAUCAAUCGUAGCAACUGGAAAACCAUCGAGAACUGGAUACGCAAACAGCUUAACAUUGGCUUUUAUCCAGCGCUGCAGGUGUGCACUGGAGCAUUAGGCGUACUGCAGCUACCAGACAGCAGGGGAGAUUUGAAAGCGAUUUAUCUGGGCGCCAAGCGUAGUAAUCCCAUACCCAAAUGGCUAUUCAAGAUUGUUAGCGACGGUGCCGGCACUCACCUCGCCUUUCUCACCUACAACAAUAUUCACGACAUUGAGAAAUUGUCACCGAAUUGCCGGCAGGUUUCAUGUCCUUUUUCCCUGCAGCUAAUCCCUAACAGGGAAGCAGGUCUCAGCUUUUGCUGCGAUCCUAUCGAUUUUAUCAGAAGGAAUGUACCCCAUUUGGCAAAGGUCUGCUAAGAUACGGACAACAGGUCAGAUAUCAGUAUAUGAAAUUCAGAUUAGUAUAUUAACGCUGUCUUCUAAUUUCCGAAUAAAAAGUAUAUUGAAAGUGAACAUAUCAUAUUUCAAAGAGAGUUUUGCAUUAAUAUAG